CAUUUGCAACAACGCAAACAAAGUAAAGACGACAAAGAAAGCGCAGAUGUGAACGGCAUUAUUGCAAAAUUAAUAACAAAUUAUAACGAGUUUUUAGCAUAAACAAGUUGUUUGGUGCUUUGCAAAUUAUAUUAAACUUUUAGAAACGAUUUUAAAUAUUAUAAUAAACGCCUAAUUUCGUAUUUAAUUAAUAGCUAAUAACAAAGCGCGUGUGAGUGAGUAAUUAAUUGAAAAUAUAUUGAAAUUAUGAUGGCUGAAGAUCAAGUUGGAAUACGCGUUGAACGCGCGACAAAUACGGAUGAUAACACCGAUGCAUUCGGUACGGUUGGAACGGGGGUUUCCAGCAGCACUAACUCCUCGGUUGGUGCUAUUGGCCAAUUAGCGAAUGGUCAUAAUUAUGGUGGCAGUGCCUACCAUAAAUAUACAGCAAAAAUGACAACAGACCGUCAUGCGUCUGAGUACAAUAUGCGUCAUAAGAAUCGUGGCUUAGCAAUUAUAUUCAAUCACGAACACUUCGAGAUACCCACACUAAAAGCUCGUGCUGGUACUAAUGUAGACUGUGAUAAUCUAGUACGUGUGCUAACACAAUUAGAUUUUGAAGUUAGCGUGUAUAAAGACUGUCGUCUAAAGGAAUUGACUAGAUACAUAGAAACUGCCGCACGUAAAGAUCAUAGCGAUAAUGAUUGCAUACUAAUAGCGAUUCUAUCGCAUGGCGAACUUGGUUAUAUAUAUGCAAAGGAUGCACAAUAUAAACUGGAUACGGUAUGGAGUUAUUUCACGGCACAACAUUGUCCAACAUUAGCAGGCAAGCCUAAACUAUUUUUCAUACAAGCCUGUCAGGGUGAUCGUCUUGAUCCUGGUGUUACAAUGAAACGUGCACAAACUGAAACGGACGGUGAAUCAUCAAUGUCGUAUAAAAUACCAGUGCAUGCAGACUUUCUCAUUGCGUACUCUACAGUACCGGGAUUCUAUUCUUGGCGUAAUACCACACGCGGCUCAUGGUUUAUGCAAUCUUUAUGCGCUGAAUUGGCCGCUAAUGGUAAACGUCUCGAUAUUUUAACCUUACUCACGUUUGUUUGUCAACGUGUUGCUGUUGACUUUGAAUCUUGCACUCCGGAUACUCCAGAAAUGCAUCAACAAAAACAAAUUCCAUGCAUUACAACAAUGUUGACACGUAUACUGCGUUUCAGUGAUAAAAUACCACCAGCGGGUAGGGCCUAAUCGAGUAUAGCCUAAUAGUAUAGACAAAAUAAAUCCCAAAA